AUGAAUAAGCUUUACAUCGGAAACCUGAGUGAAAACGUGACGGUGGCAGAGUUGGAGACGGUCUUUGCCGACUGGAAGAUCCCCUUCAGCGGCCAAUUCCUGGUGAAGACGGGCUAUGCCUUUGUGGACUGUCCAGACGAGAGCUGUGCCAUGAAAGCCAUCGACACCUUAUCCGGAAAAGUGGAACUGCAUGGGAAACGCAUCGAAGUGGAGCAUUCGGUGCCCAAAAGACAGAGAAGUCGCAAGAUCCAGAUUAGGAACAUCCCACCACACUUGCAGUGGGAGGUCUUGGAUGGUUUGUUAGCACAGCACGGAACAGUGGAAAACUGCGAACAAGUGAACACAGAGACGGAGUCUGCAGUGGUGAACGUUACAUACGGAACCAAGGACCAGGCGAGGCAAGCCAUCACCAAGCUGAACGGUCACCAGAUGGAGAGCUACUGCCUGACGGUCACCUACAUCCCCGACGAGCAGGCAGCCCAGCCCGGCCAGGAGAUGGGCCGGAGGGGCUUCAGCAGCAGAGGUCCCUCCCAGCAGGGCUCGGGCGGCUCAGCGCCUGUGAAGCAGCCCUUCGACAUCCCGCUUCGCAUCCUGGUGCCCACCCAGUUCGUGGGAGCCAUCAUCGGAAAAGAAGGGGCCACCAUUCGGAACAUCACCAAACAGACACAGUCUAAGAUCGACGUCCACAGGAAGGAGAACGCAGGAGCAGCCGAGAAGCCGAUCAGUAUCCACUCGACCGCGGAGGGCAGCUCUGCCGCGUGCAAAAUGAUCCUGGAAAUCAUGCAACAGGAGGCACAAGCCACCAAGACGGCAGAAGAGGUUCCGUUGAAAAUCCUGGCGCACAAUAACUUUGUGGGGAGGCUGAUCGGGAAGGAAGGCAGGAACCUGAAGAAAGUGGAGCAGGACACGGAAACCAAAAUCACCAUCUCUCCUCUGCAGGAUCUAACCUUGUACAACCCAGAGAGAACCAUCACUGUGAAAGGCUCCAUAGAAGCCUGCUGCAAGGCUGAGGAGGACAUCAUGAAGAAAGUGCGGGAAGCCUAUGAGAACGACAUCGCCGCUAUGAAUCUCCAGGCCAAUUUGAUUCCUGGCCUGAACCUGAACGCCCUGGGCCUCUUCCCACCCACAUCAGCCACAGUUCCACCUCCCCCCGUGGGGGUGGCAUCAGCGACUCCUUACGGCUCUUACGUGCAAACCCCAGAGCAGGAGACGGUUCAUGUCUUCAUCCCCGCCCAGGCCGUGGGUGCCAUCAUCGGCAAGAAAGGGCAGCACAUCAAACAGCUGUCCCGGUUUGCUGGUGCUUCCAUCAAGAUCGCCCCAGCAGAAAGCCCAGACACCAAACAAAGGAUGGUGAUCAUCACAGGCCCUCCCGAGGCCCAGUUUAAGGCCCAGGGAAGGAUCUACGGGAAACUGAAGGAGGAAAAUUUCUUUGGACCAAAGGAAGAAGUUAAACUUGAGACGCACAUCAAAGUUGCUGCCUCAGCCGCUGGCAGAGUAAUAGGCAAAGGAGGAAAAACUGUGAAUGAACUACAGAAUCUCUCCAGUGCGGAGGUAGUUGUACCACGAGACCAGGUGCCAGAUGAGAAUGACCAAGUUGUUGUCAAGAUUAUUGGUCACUUUUAUGCAAGUCAGCUCGCCCAAAGGAAGAUCAGGGAUAUAUUGGCUCAAGUCAAGCAGCAACAACAGAAGUUACAAAGCAGCCAAUCUCAGCCACGGAGAAAGUGAAGACCCUAAAAUACUCCAAAGGCCCCUUUCCCUUCUCUUUCCCCUCUCCCCC